AUGGCCUUCGGUUACCAGGUUGAGAUUGGCUUCUCUUUAGCAGUGUUGUGCUGCUGCAUCACAGAGCUCGCCAGGCAGCAGAAAGAUUUAUUUAUUUUAGAUGAACUUACAAAUUCAUCAGAAACCAGAUUGUCUUUAGAAGACCUCUUCAGGAAAGACUUUGUACUUCAUGACCCAGAAGCUCGGUGGAUCAAUGAUACAGAUGUGGUGUAUAAAAGCGAGAAUGGACAUGUCAUUAAACUGAAUAUAGAAACAAAUGCUACCACAUUAUUAUUGGAAAAUACAACUUUUGUAACCUUUAAAGCAUCAAGACAUUCAGUUUCACCUGACUUAAAAUACGUCCUUUUGGCAUAUGAUGUCAAACAGAUUUUUCAUUAUUCAUACACUGCUUCGUAUGUGAUUUACAACAUACACACUAGGGAAGUUUGGGAGUUAAAUCCUCCAGAAGUUGAGGAUUCCGUCUUGCAGUAUGCAGCCUGGGGUGUCCAAGGGCAACAGCUGAUUUAUAUUUUUGAAAAUAAUAUUUACUAUCAACCGGAUAUAAAAAGCAGUUCAUUGCGACUGACAUCUUCAGGAAAAGAAGGGAUUAUUUUCAAUGGGAUUGCUGACUGGCUAUAUGAAGAGGAACUUCUGCAUUCUCAUAUCGCCCACUGGUGGUCACCAGAUGGAGAGAGACUUGCCUUCCUGAUGAUAAAUGACUCCUUGGUGCCUACUAUGGUUAUCCCUCGGUUUACUGGAGCAUUGUACCCCAAAGGAAAGCAGUACCCGUAUCCUAAGGCAGGUCAAGUGAACCCAACAAUUAAAUUAUAUGUUGUAAACCUAUAUGGACCGACUCAUACUUUGGAACUCAUGCCACCUGACAGCUUUAAAUCAAGAGAAUACUAUAUCACUAUGGUUAAAUGGGUAAGCAAUACGAAGACAGUGGUGAGAUGGCUAAACCGACCUCAGAACAUCUCCGUCCUGACAGUCUGUGAGACCACUACCGGUGCUUGCAGUAGAAAAUACGAGAUGACGUCAGAUACAUGGCUCUCUAAACAGAAUGAAGAACCUGUGUUUUCUAGAGAUGGCACCAAAUUUUUUAUGACAGUUCCUGUUAAGCAAGGGGGCCGUGGAGAGUUUCACCACAUAGCUAUGUUCUUUGUUCAGAGUAAAAGUGAGCAAAUUACUGUGCGGCAUCUGACAUCAGGAAACUGGGAAGUGAUAAAGAUCUUGGCAUAUGAUGAAACUACUCAAAAAAUUUAUUUUCUGAGCACGGAGAUUUCUUCCAGAGGGAGGCAGCUGUACAGUGCUUCUACUGAAGGAUUACUGAAUCGUCAUUGCAUUUCAUGCAAUUUUAUGAAAGAACAAUGUACAUAUUUUGAUGCCAGUUUUAGUCCCAUGAAUCAGCAUUUCUUAUUAUUUUGUGAAGGUCCAAGGGUCCCCAUGGUCAGCCUACAUAGCACCGACAAUCCAUCAAAAUACUUUAUAUUGGAAAGUAAUUCUAUGCUCAAGGAUGCUAUCCAGAAGAAGAAGAUAGCAAAGUCAGAAAUUAAAAUUCUUCAUAUUGACGACUAUGAAUUUCCUUUACAGUUGUCCUUUCCCAAAGAUUUUAUGGACCGAAACCAGUAUGCUCUUCUGUUAAUAAU